GUGAAUGCUACAGCGUGACUGCGCCGAACCGAUACACAUGUUGCAAAUCCGUAAAUUUAUCAGCCGACCAAAAAUAUCCACAGCAACGCUUUUUUGACACCAUGGCAACUACAGAUUCUAAAAGUUUGGUGCAAAGAUUUUACAUUCUUCAAGCCGAGCGCGUGGAGGCCUUCAAGCUUUUUGAUGAGGGUCAUGAAGCAUACUUAAGGACGGGGCCACACUAUGACUUUGAGCACUACAAACAGCUGGUACAUGAGAUAACAAAAGCCUUCAGUGGCAUUUCCAAAGAAGUUCUGGAGAUUAAAGAGCAACUGCACCAAGACUUCGACCGGCCUGACCUCUCCGAGCAUAUGGAAAAACUGCAAAUUAAAGAGAAGGAGAAGCUCGAGCUGACAGCUAAGUUACAGCUGGCCAAGCAAAAUGUCCAGGAUCACCCAGAAAACGAAGAAUUCCAGGAGAAACUUCAACAGCUUAAAAAAGAUGUAAUAAAGAAUAAAGCGGCUCUUGCUGAUAUUCUGCAAGACUUCAAGUAUGACUCGGAGGAACCGGAGUGAGAUGCAUUCAGUCCUCUCUGAACUUUCUUGACUUGUGGAGAAUAAUGUAAGAUAUCGAUGAUAUUUUCCAAAGUGGUUAAGUGUUUGCGGUAUUGCUGCAAAGUUUGAGAUUUUUUUAUCUUAGAUUUUUUAUUGUUAUGGUCAGAACAUGCUUUUGUUUGUUGAGUUGAGUCGGUAACUCUGUUGUAAAUAGUAUUCAUGCUCAUAUGCAUAAUAUUGAAAAAUGAGUUAUGUUUCUUAAAUAUUUUUUUACAGAUAAAAUGAGAACUUUGCAUAAUGAUACCGUAUUUACAUAAAACCUCUAAAUAGAGGGGAAAAGUAAAUUAACUGGUUUAAUUAAAUGAUCUCUACAUGGAGUGACCAAUAUUU